AUGUCGAGGCGCAAGCAAGCCAAGCCGCAGCACAUCAACUCGGAGGAGCCCCUUGCGGGAGACACCGGCGUUCCAGAAAAUUCCAGAUUGGAGGAGGAUGGGCUGGAGGGGAAAAGGAGCAGGAUGGAGGAGACAAAAGUGUGUGACGGAUGCUGUGCGGAAUUCUUUGAUUUUUCAGAGUUUGUUGAACAUCAGAAAAGCUGCACUAAAAGCCAAGAAGUUGUCAUCAUGAGGGACUACUCACAAGGCUCCCCUCAGAACUCCUCAGACGAUCACAGCGAUAGUCAUUCAGAUAACAAUUCGCAGUGCAAGGGGAACGGCACAUCCUCUGAGAGGGUGGAAGAAGCCAAGCAGAACACGGAUGAGCCAGCAAAACCAAUGCAGGUUGAGGUGUCUGCUGGCAGCACUAAUGUUACACUGGAGACCAUGGCUGCCACCAAAGUGGCUGUCACUCAGCAUUCCUCUGGCUGCAAGUCUCCACCAACAUCACAGGCCAGCCUGCAGGCUAUUCCCAUGAUACUGGAGCAGCUGGUGAGCCUGCAGCAACAGCAACUCCAGCAGAUCCAGCUGACAGAACAGAUUCGCAUCCAGGUUGCCAUGAUGGCCCCCCAGGGCAUGCCUUCUGUGGGUGCUGCUGUUGAUCCCCUCAAAGCUCUUGGUGCCCACCUGUCCCAGCAGCUUUCAGCUGCUGCAGCCUUGAUCGGAAAGAGGACCGGUAGCCAAAGCUUGUCACUUGAGACCCUCAAACAGGGGAAACUCGCUCACACCAGUGGCAUUCCCCCUUCUCUUCCAGGAGCCAUUGCAGCCCCCAAGCUGGACAUGACAAAAGGGCUUCCCUUGUUUCCUCAGUCCCCAGGUGCCAUGACUUUCCAGAGUCCCUUCACUGCUAUUUCAGGCCUUGAGCCCACUAAAAAAGGGAAGGGGAAGGUCCCAAACAUGACUGCCGACCUAAAGAAUGGGUCAGGAGAGCACCUGUUCAAACACAAGUGCAAGUUCUGUGGCAAGACAUUUGGCAACGACAGUGCCCUUCAAAUCCACCUGCGCUCCCACACUGGGGAGAGGCCCUACAAAUGCAACAUCUGUGGCAAUCGCUUCACAACAAAAGGCAACCUUAAGGUGCAUUUUCAGCGGCACAAGGAGAAGUACCCCCACAUCCGCAUGAAUCCCCAUCCUGUGCCUGAGCAUCUUGACAACAUUCCGACCAGUAGCGGCAUCCCCUAUGGGAUGUCCAUGCCCAUUGAAGAAUCUAAUUUUGUGGAGAACAAGUCAGUGCUGGGUCUCUCUCCUGCUGCUUUCCAUCCAUCUGUGCUGCAGGGCCUGAAACCUUCCUUUGAGGCUUCUCUUGGGGGUGACUUGUACUCUCAAAGGCCAUCUUCAUCUGGCAGUGAUGCUGCUUCAAUUUCAAAUGUGUUCAAGCAGGAGGUGGGAUUAGACCAGAGCCAGGGGUCCCCACAAGGUCCUGGAGGUCUGCCACAUGUGACUGGUGACAGUGGCUCAGGGACGGCAAAGCUCCAGCAGAUGGUGGACUGCCUGGAGAAGAGGACAAAUGAUCCCAACGAGUGCAUGAUCUGCCAUCGGGUGCUCAGCUGCCAAAGCUCCCUGAAGAUGCAUUACCGCACGCACACUGGCGAAAGGCCGUACAAGUGUAAAAUUUGUGGUCGAGCCUUCUCCACCAAGGGCAACCUCAAGGCCCAUUACGGUGUUCACAGGGCCAACACACCCCUCAAGAUGCAACACUCUUGCCCCAUUUGCCAGAAGAAGUUCACUAAUGCGGUGGUGCUGCAGCAGCAUAUCCGGAUGCACAUGGGUGGUCAGAUUCCAAACACUCCUAUGCCUGAGACGCAAGAGAUGGAUUCUUUGCCAGCUGAGGAGAAACCAACAGACAUGAACAGCUUUAAUGGUGAAAAUCUGGAAGAGCCUGAUGUGGAGCUCAAUUCUCAGGAGAAGUCCCCAGAUUUCCCUGCAUCCAAGAAUGGGGUUUCAGCUCCCCAGGAAGAGAAACAGCCUUCUCACUCACCAGCCAUGUUUUCCAGCAUUGCUGCUCUGGAAAGUCACAUGAAGAGCCUCACGUCAGCCCUGAACCUACAGCGGCAAACUAGCACCACGUCGGAAGCAGACGCCGUGCCCAAGGAAACCCCUCCUGCAACAGGGGAGAUGCCAGGAGAGUAUCAGAACGGGCACAGUCCCACAAUCUCUGACUCGGUUUCCUUUCAGUCUUCAUCCCCUGUGGACAGCCAGCUGGGCAGCAACCAGUCAAAAUCUCCAGACUCUGCUGUGCCUGAAGAAGGAAGCCAAAUGGCUUCUAGACCAGAGAUGGACUUUGGGCCUCCAGAUUCUGAAUCUAGUGGAGCUCUGGACUUGACUUCAAGCAGUUUUGUUCCGAAGCCAAUCAAAGAAGAACCUGGACUUCCUUAUACCAGCGGAGAGUAUGGCUCUAACAAUAUCCCUUACAUGAGAGUUCCCCCAAGCCUGGUGAAGCUGGAAAUGCAGAUCCCUCCAGAGAACCCGAUGGCAUCCCAUGGCCUGUUUGGCCCCCAGAUGCCCCUAGGCACAGGUUCACAGCCUCCCGGCUCAAGUGCUCCACGUCGUUCCACCAAGCAGCAUUUGUGUAACGCCUGUGGAAAGAAUUUCUCUUCAGCCAGCGCCCUUCAGAUCCACGAGCGUACACACACUGGCGAAAAACCCUUUGCCUGUACAAUCUGUGGCCGGGCCUUCACCACGAAGGGCAAUCUCAAGGUGCAUGUUGGAACGCACAUGUGGAAUAACUCGACCAGGCGGGGUCAGCGGAUGGCUCUCGAUAACCCCAUGGCCCUGAUGGCCAUGAACUCGGAGUCCAAGAUUGUGCCAGAAAUGAUGCCGCCCCCUAAGGAGCUGGUCCCACCAUCCAUGAACUUUGAUCCCUCAAUGUGGAACCAGUACACCGCUGCCUUCACAAACGGACUGACUCUGAAGACCAACGAGAUCUCGGUCAUACAGAAUGGAGGUAUCCCUCUGCCGGGCAGCCUUGCAGGCGGGACCCUGCCGGGCUCCAACGGGACCCUGAUGAAGCUGGAUGGCUCACAGGCCAGCCACCCUGCUUCGAUGACCGAAAUGGAAAAAAACAAUUCCGAAAAUGUCCCGAAGUCACAGUUUCCACAUUUUAUGGAAGAGAGCAAAAUAGCAGUAAAUUAA